ACACCUUAGAGUAUAUAUAUAUAUAUAUAUUUCGUCUCCAAAAACAUUAUAUAUAUAGGCUAAUUUGUAUAAUGGGUAUAACGGAGACAUGGUCUAGAUUAAUAGGAGAUUUGGUUCAGGUGAUUCAUGGAGGAAUAAGAUCAUCAUCACCAUCAUCAUCAUCAUCUUUAUCAGAUCAAGAUCAAGAUGAAGAUCAAAUCGAUAAUAAUUCAAUUAUUAUUGAUAAUGGGAAAGAAAAGAAGGUGGUAGUCGUUAACGAUUCAAUGUCUAAAGCUCUGAUCACAGUGUUUGGCAUGCAAAACGACGGGAAAAUCCACAAAGAAAAGGCGAGAAGUGUUGUUGAAAAGCUUGGGUUGAUAAGGUUGAAUGAGGAAGCUGUAGUAGUUGGCGCUCAUGAUCAUCACGUGGAAUUAGAUCCUCAUGAUAAUAGUAAUAAUAUUGGUCAUCAUCAGCAAAGAUCAUCAUCAUCAUCAUUUGAGUUGCCUGGAGAUUAUGAUUAUGAUUAUGAUUAUGAUUAUGAUGAUGAUGAUGAUGAUGAUGAUGAUGAUGUUGAGGAGGAGGAAGAGGAAGUAGUGGCGGUUGAAGCAGUGGUGGUGCUAGGCGUAGAAGAGAUCAUGGAACUGGACUACUCAAAGCAACGCCACCUUUUGCAACAAGCUUUUGAGAUCUUUGAUGAGAAUGGGAAUGGUUUCAUUGAGGCAGAGGAGUUGAAGAGGGUUUUCGAUUGUUUAGGUUUGGAUUGUGGUUGGAAUAUGAAUGAUAUAGAGAAUAUGCUGAGAGUUGCUGACUUGAAUUUCGAUGGUAAGGUUGAUUUUCGUGAGUUUGAGUUGAUGAUGAUGGGACUUAAUAAUAAUAAUAAUUAACAAAACUAGUUAUUAUUAAUUCCUUGUAAUGGUAAUUGUACGUAUAUUAAUUAGUUAUUAUAGAUUUCAAAAAGUAGUGCUGGAGAUCCAAUAAUUAAGUGAUAUUGUUGUGUAAUAAUUAUAAUUAUAAUAAUAUAAUUAAUUAUAUAUGCAUUGAAACACUUCAAUUAUAUUAUUAUUAUUAUUAAUUAAUUACUGUGUAAAUUUCUGGGAAUUAAUUAUCUCACGUCACGUGCGUAGUGUUUCUCUCGAUCGGCCACGAAUUAUUAACUAAUAUCGGAAACAGUUUAAUUAAGUUAUAUCAAUUUCCAAAGCAAAUCGUCAUUCAAGAUAUGAUCUGACCAAUAUAUAUAUAAUAUAUAGUUGAUUUAUCAUGCAUUACUCCAAAAUAAACUUUUGGUAUCGGUUAAGAUACAGUUUUUUAAAAAGACUGACACUAAAGACUAUUCCAAUUGUAAAGUGUGAGUUCAUUAAGGCAUCCAAAUUCCGACAAAUGGAGAACCUUGUUCGUUGCCAUAUUGUCUCUAAGACUUUGCUUUGGUAAUCCUCUCUUUCUUUUGAAAACAAAAUUUCCUAGGUGGGUUUUCUCUCUAUUGGAUUGCUUGAUCUCAAGGCACUUCAAAAUAGAAUUUUUUUGGACAAUGGGCCAAAUUCUUGGAGAAAAGCACACUAGAAUUUGAUUUGCUAUAAACUUGCCCAAACCAUUUCUCAUAAUUAAAGCAGGGUCAAACACUUGAUAAGCUCAUUAGCAUACGAUUAAACAAAAUAGUAUCAUCCACCACUACUACAAAAAAGGAGCAUUCACGACGGUUUUAAAAAUGCUUCUUUUAGGAAACCAUUGCUAAAAAAAUUAAACGAGUGUUUAAAAUUGUCAAGAAAAAUAAGGUAUUCCCGAAAAAGUUUUAAAUUGUUGAGAGGUAUGGGCGAUAGUUUUUAAACGUGUCUUAAAAAAUCUCGUGUAUUUGUAAAAGAGAAUUACCGACGUAACCGUCGGCUAUUCUAUAGGCGACGGUCUAAACUUCAAUUUCACACGUUUCAGAUCUAAAAUUUUAUUUCCCGCAUCUUAAAUUUUAAAUUUUUAUUUUCCUCAUCUUAAAUUUCAUUUCCCGCCUCUUAAGAUAUAAACCCCCAUCCAAAAAAAUCAUUUCAUUUAUUGGCUCUCUCUCCUCCGCGGCCAUGAGCCAUGCCGUCCAUCUCCUCCACACACACACACACUCUCUCUCUCUCUCUCUCUCUCUCUC